CCCCGCUUCUCUAUGUAAUUUCAGAGCCCAUGAAGAGAAGCUGUUUUUUGCUGCUUCGGAAGCCCAGCAAGAAAUGGAAGUCUGAUGGAUUAUAAAUACACCUGCUUUGUUUAAAAGCCAGCCACACAGAUAAGUGCACUUUUAAUUUUCUAGCAAUAGUAUUUUAGACAUAUUCAUGCACAAAACAUGUCUCUCCAUUUUUGUUUCAAUUCUGUGAACCUCUUGUGUUUUACCAUUGCUAAUGAAUGUUCUGUGAUUCUCCUUUCCGCUGAGAAACACCAGAUGAUUGGUAUUUCACAUGAAUUAAUUAGCAACUGAGGGGAAUUGCUAUUGAGAGUUCAGGAGGCUCCCUGAGGUCUCUCUCUGCCCCUCCAGAGUUGCUGUCUCCAGCGAUGCUUUGGGAUUCCAGAUAACGACAAGGGAUAGCGUCUUGGGUAUUGCACCGGGCUGAUGUGACCCAUCAGAGCCUGAGGAGUCCACUGCGACUUGUUAGAGGUUUAACAAUCAAACUUGGCUCAUUUGAUUGAGAAGACGCUUGUGACAGCUUGGCAAGAUCUCAGAGAAACCAACUAACAUUGCUGGAAGGAGAGAGGGCUUUAUGCACGCGCAAUUCAUAUGUGUGUGGAGAAAGGGUAAACUCCACUUCUUCCUGCCACUUUCCAGGAAGGGAAAAUAACCAGGGAGGUAGGAGACAAGCCAUUAUUCUGAGUUUAGACAAGGGCAUACGAAGUGGUAUUGUGGGUGAAUCAUAACAGGAAGCAUUCUGUCAAAGCUAAGGGGACACUUGUAUAUUUGGAGGGCAAAUACAGGUUAUCGAGAAAAUAGCUUUUGGCUUCUUAGAUAUGCUUCCUUAGGUGACCAUUACCUGCUCUUGGACACACCACUACAAUUAUUAAAUAAUUUAAGGGAUCCGGAAGAUAGGGUUCUCAUGUACAGUGUAACUUCACAAUAGUAUGCUGUCAAGGUAUUGGGGCAGAUAUUAAUUAUACCUACAAUUUUCAGCAUUAGAAUAAUGAAAAAAAUGCUCGAUUUGCAUUGCAAAUCCAUUUUUAUGAGUAUUACCCCACAAAAAUUUAAAUGAUAUUUUGUAAAAAGAACCAUAAUGAAAUAGAAAAAAGUGAAAAACAUCUGCUUUCAAGCAGAGCAUGUGGGUGCUGGAGGGAGAUGUGUGGCUGGAGGAGGAUAGGACCCAAAUUACUGGAUCCACACCAAUGUUGUUUGCUCUAAUAGGGCUAACAAGCAGUGUAAAAUGUCUGUAUCUACCUUGCUGCUAGAAUAACUACAAGCAGGUUUGUUACAGCAAAAUUACACUGUAUUAGCUGGGAUGAAUUUGUCUUACAUACCCAACCUGGAGAGCUGGUGAAGGUACCAGGCUAGAAUUGAGGGCAACCUGACUCCACCUCUGUCACAGAUUUCUUGACCUUAAGCACAGACUCUAACCUCUGUUUCUUGUGUUUUUCUGUCUGUAAAUGGAGCUCAUAAUACCACCCUUCCUUGCAGGGAAAGGGCACUGAGUAAUGUGGAGAAUGAGAGUCAAGAUUAUGAAGCAGAAGAUUACUGCAGCGUGAGAGAACUAGGUCCAGUUCAAUUUAUGUGAUCCCUAGAGUGUCUGAAGUUCCCUCCUCUCUAACACAAGCUCUUUACUCUUGCUGUUGUUAUUGAGAAAGGGUUUGUAAUAAUAGAAGAAACAUCUCUGGUAUCAAGGACUGUCCUUUGCAUGGUAAACAAUAUUUAUUCUUGGGUCCUCAAUCCCUUGAUGGUAAAAGGGCCUGAGAAUAUACUAAUAAAUAUUGAUAAAGUUAAGCCCUAGUGAUAAAACUGUUAUCAGGUUGUGUCCAUUCACCAAGGAUGGAUAUGAAAUAAGAGCAGCUUAAAUCAUUCGUGUACCCCAAUUAACAGAGCUCUUUGCUUCUUAAAAAAAGAAAAAAAAAAAAAAAAAAAAGAGAGAGAAAAAGUCAUGUCGAAGUCAGAGAUUUCCAAUGUCUUGAUCCUUAGGUUUGCAGCUUGAACUCUUAGAGGAUGUUCCCUGCUAGAGCGCUGAUAUCAAUGUUCACCCAAUUUAGAUCCCCCUAAAUUAACCCUAACCAGUCAGUUGCAGUCUGGGCUGCAAACGUAUCUUUGGGCGUCAAAGUUGCAUUUGGAAGUUGUGUCCUGAAGUUUGGCAUGCAACUUGUAAUACUCUGUGUUCCUUGCCAGAAGAGGGAGAAAAAGGUAGCAGUCCUCCUGAGGAGCUGUGCCAACGUGAGAGAUCAUGCCAAGUGUGUUUAAAUGCAACUGUAUUUUGUUUGCUCUGUGCAUCCAAUGGCUGAGGAGCAUAGAUUCAACAGAUCUUGACAGGUUGCUGCGAAAAAUCUUAUCCAGAAAAAAAAAGACCCCCAAAUCCCUAACUCUUUCCUCCUAUUACAGGUGAGCCUUGUGGACACUUUGGAGACCUUAACUUCUGAAUGUGUGAGCUUCCCCCGGGAUUAGAAGAGCCAUGGGGAAAGACAAGAAAAAAGAGGAGGCUGUAUUUCUGAGGAAAAAGAUUACUUUGCUGAGGGCUUUCUCGCUUCUUAUCGGCAGCAUGGUUGGCAGUGGCAUCUUUAUCUCCCCUAAAGGAGUACUGAAAAACUCUGGCAGUGUGGGCUUCUCCCUGAUUGUCUGGUUUGCCUGUGGGCUUCUCUCCAUGUUUGGUGCCUUAAGUUACGCAGAGCUUGGAACAAGAAUCACCAAGUCUGGAGGACAUUAUAUCUAUAUACUAGAGACACUAGGGCCUCUGCCAAGUUUCUUAUUUCUGUGGGCAGAAUUUUUUGCUAUCAGGCCUGCCAACAGUGCUGUGGUUUCUUUGGCGUUUGGACGUUACAUGCUGGAGCCUUUUUUUGCCCCUUGUGCAGCUCCUCUUCCUGCUGUGAAGCUUGUGUCUCUCCUGGGAUACUACACGGUCCUCACCCUGAACUCCUGGAGUGUCACCUGGAGUGCCCGGCUGCAGACGGCUCUCUCCAUUGUCAAACUCCUGGCUCUUGCGCUCAUCAUCGUGCCAGGGAUGAUGCUGCUUGCCCAAGGCCACACUGAAAACUUCCAGGAUGCUUUUGACAGACAAUCACUGGUUUUGGAUAAGCUGCCCUUGGCUUUUUAUGCAGGGAUGUUUGCCUAUUCAGGCUGGUUUCAGGCUAGCUUUGUGCGUGAAGAAUUGAUCAGACCUGAAAGAAAUAUACCACUGGCUGUGAUUGUGUCCGUGAUCACCGUAAUCGUGGGGUAUAUGCUCACCAACGUUUCCUAUUACACAGUCCUAGGGACACAAGAUGUUCUGGCUUCUCCAGCUGUUGCUGUGAGUUUCGUGCAGCGAGCCUUCAAAAGUCUUAUCUCAGUGGUCCCUCUCCUUGUUGCACUGUCCUGCUUUGGAACAAUGAAUGGAGGAAUCUUUACAUUUUCAAGGACUCUGUUUGUGGCUUCAAGAGAAGGACAGUGGCCUCCUCUGUUCUCUAUGAUUCAUAUUCGAAGGCAUACACCUCUUCCUGCUGUCAUGUUAAUGUUCCCUUUGGUUACUGCCAUGGUGUGUAUCGGAGAUAUCUACCAUUUAAUGAACUUCUUCAGCUUUUCCCGAUGGCUCUUCAUAGGAUUAGCCACCCUUGGGCUCAUUGUCCAUCGCUACCGUCACCCAGAGCUGCACAGCCCAUUCAAGGUUCCUAUGUUCGUUCCUGUCUCUUUUACCAUCAUCUGCCUCUUCACAGUGGGAAUGUCUUUCUACUCAGACCCUGUAAAUGUUAGUAUUGGAUGCACCAUUGUUUUAAGUGGUUUUCCAGUCUACUACCUUGUAGUCCACAGGCAAAUGUCGGAUCGUUGCCGUAGCCUGUUUUAUUAUCUCACACACAAACUGCAGGUGCUACUGGAAGUAGUCCAACAAGAAAUCAAGACUUACUGAGGAAACUAUCAAAACUUACAGAAGAUAAAAUCUACUUACCGCAUUUCUGAUACCUUUGAUCCUACCAAAAGCUCAUGCUCUUAUUCUUUUAAUCACUGCAAAUGAAGAUGAUCCUGAGCCAAGACUUUGCUGCAAGUGUUCCCAAGCUUGCCACUUGGGACCUGGAGGAGUGUGCUGCAUCUGCUUCUUUUUUUCUUUUUCUUUUUUCUUUUCUUUUCUUUUCUUUUUUUUUUUUUUUUUUUUUUUUUGUGGAUCAAUCUCGUUCACUGAAAUAAGUUUUCUUUACCUCAAGAGCAUAUUUAAAACCUAGAUCCUUACUUUGCAGCUUAGCCCAGUCAUCAGUAAAAGAUGCAUUAUUUUUAAUUUCCUAACCUGGCAAAUAGAAGAAGAGAUCCUUUUGCAGAAUUUAAGGAGGUUAAAGCCAAAUUCAGGUUUCAAGAAGAAACAUUGUAGUAGUCAUCCAAAAUGGUGCUAUGGACAAGCAUUAUAGAGGGACGCAAGCACGGGGAGAUAAAAUUAGAAAUCAAGUAAAUGAUUUGGAAAGGAGGAGUGUGGGGGAAUAAAACUUCAUUCACCAGAAAAUGCAGAUCCAGGUUAAUGAAAAAAAUGUUUGGAAAUCAUUUGAAAUUCAAAUCAUUAGCAAAGUAAGGUCAGAAUGUUUUACUUUGAGCAUUGUGUAAGUAGAAUAGCUUUAUUUUCAUUUGAAAAAAAUGUUUCAUGUUGAGUAUUAUUUUUCUGAAAUGACAUUUCAAAAUGUACCAACACUUAUUUAAAAAAAAAUUAGCUAAACACCCACAUGAAUGUGACAAAAUGUGUUCUCCCCUUCUUCCCCAACCCCCCACCUAAACUUUGAUAUUACCAGUGAAAUUGAAGUCUCAAGUUUUGGUCCAGCUGCAGUGAAAUACAGUUUUCCUUUAAUUAGGCAAAAUCUUCAACGAAAUUUGGGCAGAUUCCUUAAUAAAUGCAUCUUCUGGUUCUGUAAGAAGGCAUGAAAGACUUCAUGCAUGAGCUUUAAUUUUAAAUCUAUGGGCAAAUGAUUUCCUGAAUGAGCAUUUAGGUGCUCAUUUGAACUAUUGACAAAAGAAAGGUUUCCAUUAUUGAAUUACUUCAACUUACAUUAUUAAUGUUGCAAAGUUAUGUCAAGAUACAACCGUAAUUAGCUAUUUACAAUCACUUACAUGUUAAUCUUCUCUGAAAAGACCAGAAGUAGUAUACUGAAACCUGUCUAACAGCUUCUGGAGAGAGGAAGAGCAGAAUGUGAAGCAUUUUAAAUAUUUUGUAUCCAACAUCUACCUAUGAGGAGUAAAACCAAAGUAGCGUUUGUAAAAAGCAGUGUAAUCCAUCCAAACUUGUGAACUGCACUAUCAAGAUUUGGAAAUAAAUAAGGGUUUUCCAAAGCAA